AUGUGCGAGCGUGCCACUGCUAGCAAUAAAAUCUUAGCAGACUUCUUAAGAAUAGAUAACUUGCGCCCCAAGUUACUGAUUUCUAAACAAGUGAUUGUGAAUUUGGGUGAGGAAUAUCUACCAAGGAAAAAAUCAACUCUAGAAAGACAAAAAGAAGGCUGGACUUCCAUUUAUCCCUGGGGAGGCCUUCUGAAUGGGCAGAAUUGCGGCCUCUUCAGUUUGAAAGGGGCAGAAGUGGCUGGACUUGAAGAUUACUGA